AUGCAAAGCAGAGAGGUUAGACAGGUACCACUGCUCCCUUCUCUUUUGCCAUAUGUGUCAUAAGAAGAAUGCUGGACUUUGGCCUCCAUUCGGUCCAAUGAGUUGAGAUAAGUGGAUAUAAAUCAGGAGAAGAAACUGUUUGUGGCUCUUCAUUGCUUCUAAAUAAUCCUUUGGGUUGCUUUUUGGGCAUUUGAUUAUUGGCAUGAGCUUUUCUGAAGAAGCAUGAGAACAUUCAUUCUUGCUGCUGCCUUGCUUUUCAUCACAGAAGGCGUCAGAGCUCAAGUGCUGACACCUACAAAUGAGACGGUGCUGCAAAAUUUCUAUGCCACGUUCAACUGCAGCAUAAGUCCUGGAUGGAAUUUCAUGACCUGGACUGUGAACGGACGCUUAGUCCUCAAUAUUUUAGAGCUGUCGGGCCCAGUCCCUGGUUCUUCCCGUUACUCUGCCACAAACUACUCCACUGCAGGACAAGGCAUAUGGGGGAUAACUAUCAAGGGCGUUACAGUAGACGAUGCUGGACAAGUGGGAUGUCAGGUGCUGAACAAUCUGCCUGUGCUUGCUACACUGACCGUCCAGCAGAAUGGCACCGUGGCAAUUACAGGGUCAAACCGCACAGCUACAGAAGGAGAUCAGGUCACGUUCCAGUGUCUUGCAGCUAACUGGUUACCAGCACCACAGAUAUCCUGGGCUUUGAAUGGCAUAACUGUGGAUAAAACGCUCUAUAACACAAGCUCAGUUUCAAGCGGAACUUUCAUGAACUCCAAUAGCACUCUCACGAUCACCGCCAAGAGCAAUGCUUCUGUGGCCUGCCUUGCAUCUGUUUCCACUCUCCCAUCGCCUGAAAUCAGCACCAUCUUCCUGACCGUCCAAAAGGCCGUGCUUUUGGCAUCCAGAGACCAGACCGUGUUAAUAGCGAUCACCGUGGCCUUCAGCCUGGCUGCACUUUUAUUCCUCCUCAUCUACGGGAUCAUCUUUUUCUGUAAGAGGCGGAGGAAGAAGAGAUCAAGCUAUCAGAAUGAAUUGAGAGCUCGGUCUCAGAGACAGCACGCUGGAUACCCUGGGAGAGGAGGGGUACGGGAGAACUUUGGAUAUGUUGAAGACAGUUCCACAGCAGAUAACCUUGACGGGGUGUAUACCAUCAGCCGCUUCAACACCGUCAGAGACAAUGGCACAAAUUUUCAGCCUGCUGAAAUUAAGCCAAACCGAUACAACAGUCCUUCUUACUCUUCUUUUGACGAUGAACCUGGGUUUCUAAAUCACAGACAUUUGACUAUUGUGUGAAUGGACAAAUCACACACACACACACACACACACACACCAACACACACACACAUAUAUAUACGCACACACACGAGGUGGUAUCAAAAAAGUUUCGAGACUAGCUCUGUUUAAAAGAAAGUAUGCUAUCACCUUUAA